AUUAUGCAAAAUAGUACGCAUAUUUGUAGGACUAGGAAACAAGUUUGAAGAAUAUAAGGAUUUCUUCGAUGGCAGAAAUAAUACGAAAAAUAUUUUUUGUGACAGUUGUAUGUCUGGAGUUAACUGAAUGUUCCCGUUUUUCCACUUGGAAAAGUUCAAUGGCAAUCUGUGAUAUCCAUGAGCAACGCCCCUCAACUGAGAGAGAUGAUCUUCAAAAUGACACAUGGGUGGGAAAAGCCAAAUUUGUAUUGAGCGGCGGUAUUAUAACUUUGGAAGUUCAGGAAGUAGAGGAAUAUGUAAUAUCCUUAAUAUGUAAUGGAUCCUUAGGAAAGAGACAUGAGUUUUGUAAGAGACCAAUUCAACUAAAAGAUAUCAUUUCCAUCUUAGAAGAGAUAAUACAGUAUUUAACACCAGGGCAAAAAUACGUAAUAGGAAACUUUCACAAUACCCAAAUGGAAGAAAUCCCUCAACCGACACAGUGCAUGGUGCACAGAGGAGGAAAGCAUACAGAAUAUGUGGCCUGUAAUAAUUCUUUUAAGUAUGGUUGCAGAGACCUGGAAAAGCCCUCUAAUCUCAAGACGAUUAUCUCCUUAACUCCUACAAGUGGCAGCGGCUCUACAAUUUCUAACUAUGUAGAACACUGCAAUCGAAGUGUAGAAAGCAUUGGAAAUGGUAAAUUAAAGUCGUUUUUAUCAUAA